AUGGCCACCAUCUUUGAAGACUUCGUUCAAGGCCAGCGAAUUGGCUCUGGCCCUCGCCUUGCUGCUGCUCUCACUCCCGUUGCCCCCGCCGAGUACCCCCAACGACUCCAAUCGUUCUACCGCUUCUCCAAUGCUGCCCGUGUAUCCUCAGAUCUCCGCUAUUCUCUCUUUCAGGCCAAUGGGUUGAAGUUACCGAAGCAAGAACAAAAUGCAUGGAUCGAUAUCUUUUCAACUUACUGGACCGCCGUCGGAGAGAUUACCAAAUUCACUGACUCUCCGUCAAGCGCUAGCUGGGUUAAGGUCUUCAAUUCUUGGAAGGACUUGGCAAAUAUUCUCAUCAGGGGCUAUACAAACUUCGGUCUCCAGGCAUGGACAGUUCCAUGUCUAUACGUUGUUGGGAAAUACUUGCGAAUCUUCGCUAUGAAAGCAGACGCCGAACUGUCGUCUCAAGAUUCGGUUGCAUUCGGAGACAAUUUCCAGGAUGACAUAGCGGCCGAUUUCGAAAAGAGCGCAAAGCUGGAGGAAUCAGCACGUAUAAUCAACCGAAUGUUUACUUUGUGUCUAAGCGACAGAGCCCCGAUUGAGGAAUCGCGCAAAUGGGGCAUAUAUAAUACGACAAAUUUGUUGUUCAAAACUUAUUUCAAGAUCAAUUCUGUCUCACUUUCCAAAAACCUUCUUCGCGCUCUCAAAGCCUCAUCGGCAGACCUUCCGGAUAUGGAGGUUUUCCCCAAGUCUCACAUAGUCACCUUUAAAUAUUAUGUUGGAUUGAUUCACUUUCUGGAUGAAAAUUAUGCAGAGGUAAAAAACAACCCCAGGCUUUAUCAGCUUCUGAGACUAACCCUUGCGUUCGGACAGGCCGAAGAGCAUCUGGCAUACGCAUGGAACAUGUGUCACAAAGAUGCAGUCAAAAACAGGGAGAUGAUUCUUGCUUAUCUUAUUCCUUGUCAUCUUGUCACGACACAUACUUUACCAAGCAAGAAGCUUCUUGCUCCAUUUCCCAGACUCGAGAAGCUGUUCCGUCCGCUUUGCAACUGUAUCAUGAAGGGCGAUCUCAAUGGCUUCGACAAUGCUAUGACAGCAGGGGAGGAAGAAUUUGUCAAGCGACGCAUCUACCUACCCCUCGAACGAGGACGUGACAUCGCAUUGCGAAACCUAUUCCGAAAGGUUUUCAUCGCUGGAGGCUUUGAAGAAUCCAAGGAUGGCCAGCCGCCAAUUCGACGUACACGUGUUCCCGUUGCCGAGUUCGCGGCAGCAUUGAGGAUAGGUACACAUGCAGAUGAUAGAUCUCGUGUCGAUAUUGACGAGGUUGAGUGUUUGCUAUCCAACCUCAUUUACAAGGGCCUUAUGAAAGGCUAUAUUGCUCGGGAGCGCGGCAUGGUGGUCCUAAGCAAGGGCGGUACCGCAUUCCCAGGAACAGGUGUCUAA